AUGAUCGUUGUAGUGUUGUAUCCAAUAUUUGCUGAAGAAGGAAGUAAUAUCAUGAUGUCAGUAGAAGAAGCAUUCAGAAAGCAUCAAGUUGUCCCGGAUGUUAUAUCAGCAGCUCCUACCAAAUUGAUCAGUGUCGAUUACAAUAGUGGUGUUAAGGUGAAUCUGGGCAAUGAACUUACUCCGACGCAGGUGAAGGAUGAGCCGAAAGUGUCGUGGGAAGCGGAUGCUAAAAGCUUGUACACACUUGUUAUGACUGACCCGGACGCACCAUCUCGACAAAAGCCCACGUACAGAGAAUGGCACCACUGGUUGGUAACUAAUAUUCCUGGACAAGACGUCGGCAAAGGUGAUGUAUUUUCCGAGUAUGUUGGAUCAGGUCCGCCAAAAGGCACAGGACUUCACCGCUAUGUCUUUUUGGUUUACAAACAGCCUAAAAAAAUCGUAGAUACCGAUCACGGGCAUCUCACCAACAGAUCAGGCGCAAAUCGCGGAAAUUUCAAAAUCAACAAAUUUGCUACGAAACACAUGUUGGGAAAUCCAAUUGCUGGAAAUUUUUAUCAGGCUCAGUAUGAUGACUACGUGCCCAAACUGUAUGAACAACUCAGCGGUUGA